AUGCAAAGACGAAGAAAUAAAGUUAAAGAUAAGCCGCUCCCGGACCCACGCCGAGAGUACUUGGACGCCGAGUCCAGCGAUGAAACGGAAAGGCCUGAAGAAGAGGAGGAUCUGGAAGAAGAGCGUCCGAUAUAUAGGGAGUACGAAUUAAACGAAUUGAUUCAGUGUGUUAAGGAUAUGACAACGCUGAGCGGUUUGAAGGACAGCGAUUGGACGUGGAGAUGCGAUAUGGACAUCCAAGAGUUCUUCCAGAACCCGAGCAUUCCAGUCCUCUGCGUCUAUCACGUGGACGGUGACCUGACCACAGAAUUUUCAUUUCCUACGUUACCCGUGCACGAGCUAACCUACUUCGUGAGACAGCCCAACGAGAUUCUCUAUCCGGAGAACUUUCGCGAGCGCAUUCUCUUCGGGUCGUUGAACGACAGGGUGGAGAGCCAUAUACUGAGAGUCAUCCAGGACGUGCUCGCGCCGAUCUUCUUCACAAUCGAAACUUGGCCGGACAGUAUCCUUCCGCUCCUCCCCUGCGUUGUGUCUCAGUAUCUGUUAUUGCAUUUCCGUCAAACUAUCCAAUUAAUUCGCGCAACUAAUGCGGAAAGUUUCGCAUGGCAGUAG